UACUCCAAGCAAGCGAAAGCAAAUGGCUCCGAUCUCUCGCCGUAUGGUUGCCUCCGCCCUCUUCGUCCUGCUCCUACUCGCCGCCACAGAGAUGGGGACGACGAGGGUGGCGGAGGCGAGACACAGGCACAGGCACUGCGAGUCUCAGAGCCACAGGUUCCGUGGAGCGUGCUGGAGUGACAGCAACUGCGCGCACGUCUGCAACACGGAGGGCUUCCCCUCGGGCAACUGCAAGUUCCACGGCUUCGAGAGCAAGUGCUUUUGCAAGAAACCAUGCUCCACAUGACCCAUCAGCUAGCCUAGUUAGCCGCGCACCGAGAACGCCGUCGAUCGUGUCUUUCAACUUUUUUCCCAUGUUCGUGUUUCUCUAUCGCUUCUCCCGUGUUCAUGUUCGUUUACCGAGCUAGCCUAGUUU